UUCAGUUGCAGAUUAAAGUAUCUGGCCAAAGUGGUCGUUUAGGAAUCAGCAUUGCUGGUGGAAAAGGUUCUCUGCCUUACAAAGAUCACGAUGAGGGCAUUUUUAUUUCCAGACUAGCUCAAGGGGGACUGUCUGAAAAGGCUGGGAUCCAUGUUGGAGAUAGAUUGCUUGAGGUCAACGGUGUGAGCAUGCAGGGGGUGACCCACCACGAAGCAGUUGCUACCCUCAGAAAUGCUGGGGGCUGCAUCAAACUGAAGGUGCUCAGAGAGAAACUGCCACCCGCAGACCAGGAGGAGACAGAGAACAGUUUGCCCAAGAAGAUUGAGGCUGCAGUCUGCAAUGGAAACAGCACUCUUGAUUUUGACAGCGGCCUGAACAGAAAAUUGUCUGGAAUCGAAGCAGAGGAGUUAAAACAGGACUCACUCAAAGAGAUGAAUAAUACAAUGACUAUCCCCCAGAUCAUACUCACUCACCCCUCUACCUCAGAUGAAGAUGUGGAGCUCUUGUCACAGAUCCCCAGGAGACAACGGCUGCGUGAAUGACAAACCCGAUGAAUGUUGACACUCUGCGACCGUGUUUUUUACUUACUUUGAGCACAGUUUGGAGCUUCAUGAAUGCAUGGCAGAGAACAUUGAUGCUUGCUCUCUUUCAGGGAUAUAUAGUGAACAGCAGGAGUUUACUUACUCCGAUCAUGGGCAUGAACACCAUAUUAAUUUUAGGCUUUCAAGAAUUUAUUUAAGAUAUUUGUUUAUGCAUUGACUAAUAAUACAAGAUUCAAAUUCACAGAUUUUAAGAACAAGAGUUUGGCAACAAAGUUUACAUGUAUAAAAGAUUUUCUCUGAUCCAGGCUCAAAUAUAUACAUACAUCUCCACUACUAAUUAGGUAAAUGUCAUUUAGUAAGAAUUACCUCAAUCCCACAAAUUCUGUAGUCAUCAACAAAGUCCUGGCAUCAUUCUGGCUGGAUAUCGGACCACACCUUUUGGCAAAUUUGAUAGAAGUCAUAUAUAUCUAUAUUUAGAUAUAGAUACUGGACUUUCUAAAAAUCUUUAAUUUGUUGGCUGUAUCAUUAUUUCACCAUGUAAUAGAAUGCAUCAAAAGGACAAUUAAAAGCCCCCAACAAAUAUAACAUUCAUGCCCAUUUUCAGAAUACGUAAACUUCAGAUCGACACUGUAACUGCAAAAGGAUUAUUGUAAAACAAAGCAAUGAAUGUAUUUUUAGCAUUAACCUUGAUCGUUGCUGUUAGAGUUGAAUUUUAGUCUUGCAAGCUGAGGAAAACUCUUGUUUUUAAAUAGAAACAAUAUGUGAAAGUAAAAACACUCAAAAACCAUUAAACAAUAACUGAUGUUUGUUAUCUCUUUCUUACAAUGCUCUGUGUAAGUUAUAGGUACCUCGCUUUUAUAUAAGGAUUCCUACCUUUGACAGUGUGAAACUUUUAGACUUCUUCAAAUCUGUACUGAGAUGAAAUGACUCAUGGUUGAACAAAUUUACACAACAAAGAGUCUGAUCCUACUGAGGUGUUACUUUCCAUCAUCCCAUGCCAUCUAUGUGAGAUAAAUGAUGGCUCAUGAGAAUAAACACAGUGCAGAAAAAGAUAAUAAAAAGCUUUUAUCUCACUUUAAAAGCCAAGAAUAUGCAAAUUGUGAAUGUGGUGUGUACUUUACUUUAGAAAUUUUAUAUUCUCACACUGAUAAAGUGAUUUUUUCAUAAUAAAGUGAAACUAUUGUUCCGACUGUU